AUCUUCUGUGAAUUCAUAGAUGUUGAUAUUGUUUCUUCUGGAUCUACUUUCAUUAGUUUUUCCCCCCUCGAAUACCAACAAAAUAGCAGUGUGUUUCAUUUCUCAGUUUCCCAUCUUAAAUUCUGCUACAUUUAGCUUUGCGUUCAUGAUCUGUGACCCCAUGCUGUACAAUGGUAAAACUUUUUUACAUCCCACGUCUUCCAAGGCUUUAUUCUGGGAAAUGUUGUAGACAAUGCCGACUCUUUCUUAAUAUUUCCACUCCCUUGUUUGUGUGUGUGUGUUUGUGUGUGUGUGUGUGUGUGUGUGUGUGUGUGUGUGUGUCCACAUAAGUGCACACCUUGAGCUUCAGUGAGUAUCACCUUGUGGAAACUCCACUUUCCUCCUGUCAAUCUAAAUUAGUUAAAUGUUCUAUCUGUGCACACACACACACACAAACAAUAGCAUAUUUAGAGCUGAUGUUUGUCACCUGUCGCAAAUAUGCAAAAAAACAUAACCAAAAAAAUCUGGUUAUUGAUUAACCUUAUGAAUCGAACGUGUGUGCGUGUGUGCGCCUGCAUGCACGUAUCCAUGCUUGCAUGUGUGUGUUUAUGUAUGGGGGAAAUAGGUCAACUGGACUAAAACAUCAUCUUAGAAACAGGAAAACUUUGCCUAAUCCUCUCCUUAUAUUGUCAUAGAGCCCAAAAUAACACACACAUCAUUUAUCUUACACUCACAUCUACUUACACACUUUGACCACACACACAAUAUCCUGUCAGACAUAAUGAUACACACACACACACUUACAAUAACAGACACACACAGUUGUAUCAACCCCAAUUGCAAUUCAGCACACACACACAUCAUACAUUGCUAUACAGACACACACAUAGACCAUAUACUUUCAUUCACACACACACACGCAGAUGUACGUACAUACACACACACAUACACACUGAGAUUAAAAUAACAGGGCAGAAGUGGAAGCGGACACAUUAAUGAUAUUAUAGUUAUUCAAGACGCCACGGUUUCCACGGCAGCCGAGAGCGACGGGGCCACUGAGCGAUACAAACAUCAGUCACCCCGCUGAGUCACACUGGAGAAAUGUGUGUGUGUGUGUGUGUGUGUGUGUGUGUGUGUGUGUGUGUGUGUGCAUUUCAGCGACAAGCGAGUCUCCAGUUUAACAAAGUUCAUUCACGUCUAACUCUCUCCUGAUGAGGUGCUGUGGGCCAUUCAGAUAUAUAGUCUCUCUCUCUCUCUCUCUCUCUCUCUGGUUGGUAUGGAAUCAGAAGAAACGAAGAAACACACUGCGGCCGUCGGUGCAACUUACAGUCAACACACUAAUAGUUUUGUGUGUUUGUGUGCAUGUAGGUGGGGGGUUUAGGUGAUGAUAUCACACAUUCCGUUUUCCAUUGACAUAACUAGAUUGGGAAUGUUUGGGGUAGAGGGGCCAUAAGAUGAUAAUUGUGUUUUCCUUAGGAGGUGUGUAUGUGUGAGCAUGUAAGAGUGAGAAUGUGUGUGCGUGUGCAGCACUGGAAGCCAAAGCAUCUAUCCUGAAUCACUGAUUAAGUGAGCACUACAACCUGUUCUUUCUAAAAAAGUAGAAUCGUUUUGCCGUUAUACCGUUACCUGCCGUCAGAACGAAAUGUGUAUUAACAAAAAUGCGCGUAUGAGCGUUAAUUUCUCUCCAACUAUGGUUCUUACUGUGGCGCAAAGAGGGUUAAAAGGAUAAGGUUGGUGUGAUUCUAUAUUUUUCUUAUUGUCAACAAAUUCCAUUAAAAGAUCAAAACCAACAAUUCAUUAGUCUUUCUCAAUACUUUCUGACUUUCCUGCUCUUUCAUUAUUUUCAGCAGUAUCAGGCUUUGGCUACAAAGGCAAUAUUAGUUAGUGGGAGAAAUUCAUUGCAUGUUUUGUUAUUUUAAUUAAAUUUGUUGACAAUAAGUCUUUGUCUGUCCUAAAAGUUUGGUUUUCUUAAAACAAGUGAAAAAAUCUGCCAGCACAGUUAGAAUAAUCCGACCUUUUUCCAAAGCGACUUAACAUAACUCAAAUCAAGUAGUUUUUUUUUUUUUAUUGAUGCUAGUGCAGUGACCUGCCUUAUUAUCACUGUUCUCGCUCAUUUCUAGAAAAGAACUCUAGAAACAAGUUGAUUUAUUAUGGAAAUAGUUUGAAAUAUUCUUUCAAUCGAUUUUUUUCUAUUUUUGGACUUUCUCUGUUGUUUGGAAAUGUAUAGCUCUGCUAUAUGCACUCUGGUCCUAGCUUGUAUGAAUUUAUGGUGUCUUGAAAGCCCCAUGCGGCCUGGGCACAGUUAUAUGCAUGACACAAUAAUAAAAAUGUCAUUCAUUCAUAUUACAGUGCUGUUCCUCCUUUUGUCAUUGCAGUUGAUCAAAGGUCAUAACGAACAUCUACAGUUUGUAUUUCUGAACCAAUAGUCUCCAGCUGUCCUGUGAAUACAAUGAAAUGAUGAUGAUUUUAACAUCUGAGAUCCAACCAAAGUAUAGUAAGUUAAUACAAAAUGUGAGUUUGAAUCACGCACACUGGUUCACCUCCAGUGAGUUUUAUCAUUUAGUGAGUUCCUCGACUUCUUGAAUCACUUCUCCUUGAAUCACUGGCAGGUGAUCAAGUUCUGUCAAAGACAAAGAUAGCUUUUUAAGGACAAGUCGUUUAUUUUUAUGUCCCAUUAUCAGUGAGCCAUAGUGUCUCGGUGAGCUUUACAUAGUCGCGAUUCCCAACCCAGCCCAAACUCUCCAGGAAGACAUGGAAAAACUCAUUGAAAACCAAAGACAUUGAAGGGGAAAAAAAGUUUAUCUCUGUUCCAGCAAGUAAGACAUUUGUUCCUUCAGUUUCUUGUGGAUUCUCACCAACAGAGAACAAAGGACACCCAUUUUGGGUCUUUGGCAGCACUUUUAAAGAGCUAUACGCAGUCUUCUGUGGUCUAAUCUGGCGGUUUGCGACCUUUGUGACAUGUCACUGAAGUGGCCAGAUACUGCUGCAAAUGUCCAACAAUGAAUCUAAGAGUCUAUUAAUUUACCCGCUGGAGUUUGGACGGGGUGGUUGCUAAGCUGAUUUCCUCUGUUCAAGACAAGGAAGACGAGAAGCAGAGCCAGGCGUUCCCCACAAUAUACCCAUCAUGUGCCACACACACAGUUGGCCCAAACCAACAAUAUCUUCUGACCCGACCCUGCCCUUCUUCCUGCAGCCACAAAUGGAAAACCCAGGCAGACUGUGUGUGUGUGUGUGAGGUCUCUCUUUCAGUGUAUUUAUUAGUUCACUUGUAGUGUGUAUCAACUGGCAGCUGAGGCCUAGAAUAUUAUUUUUUGUGUGAUUUUGCGUGCAUGCAUGCAUACAACUGUGCUUUUGUGUGUGUGUGUGUGUGUGCAGCCCGAGUGUGCGUCUCUGUGCACGCGUGUGAGGUAAAGCUGUGUGUGUUCUUACUAUCGUGGUGGUGCGUUGAUGGAAAACCUAUCUAGUUUUCCUCUGUGUCACAGCAGCAGCCCCCCUAAAGGUUUAAAACAGAGAGCGAGGAGGGGGAGGGUGGAGGGACAGAGAGAUGGCAACACACUCCACGAGGAAGACGUUCAAGAAAGAAGUUUAAGGCGAUUUUAAUAUUUUUUUAGAGAAUUUCACAGGGUUGUGGGUUUUUUUGUGCAGGUAGACGGAGUGGAGAAGAAAGAGAACCUGUAGAAAAGAAAAAAGAAAAAACUUCACACUCAGCUCUCUAAUUGUGGGUGUGUCCAGAGCUAUAAGUGCCUUCGCUCAUACCUGUGUUACUUAUAUCCAUGCAUGAGGCUCAGAAGAGACACACUCAGACACACACCUGUCAGUCGACACACCUGCUCUGCACUCGAGAAGUUGCACUCACUGCUCUACGUCUUCAGGCUGUCAUCCAGAUGUCGCUGUGCAUGACCUCACAUUUCUUCCUGCUGGUCCUACCAGUGAUGUCACUGCUGCUGCUCUUCUCUCCUAUUGGUUGGAGCCACGAAGGCCUCACCCCAGGGUGUCACCUACACCCCUUCAACGUGUCCAUCCGCAGUGACCGUCGUGGCACAUGUAAAGGCACCCACCUGGUCUACGCCUGCGUGGGCUACUGCGAAUCCAGCGCCUUCCCGUCCCGAUACUCUGUGCUGGUGGCCUCCAACUUCACCCACAACAUCACCUCCACUUCACGAUGCUGCACCAUCAGCAAGGAUGCUAAGGUCAAAGUUCGCGUGGACUGCCCUCGAGGUCGUCACCAUGACGAAAUAGAGAUCCUGACGGCGAAGGCGUGUCGCUGCGACAUGUGCCACAAGUCCCGCUACUGACACAUCAAGACAGUAUGCUGCAUACCAAAUGUACCGAGAUAAGAACCAAAUUACAGUUUCGUAAGUUAGGCGGUACAAACUUUGGUAAAUGAUUGAAAUACAAGAGUUUCAGUGAUGCACCAGUAACUAUCCUUUUUCUGUCUAUGUCGACUUGUUUUGAAUGUUGAAAAUAAUCCACUCAAACUUAUUUAACUGAAAAAGAAUCAGCCUUCCACCAAGUUACUGUCAAAAUCAGGUUUUCCUUCAUUUGUGUUCUCAAAGAAUGAAAGGAAGUAAGGUAAGGACAGAAAAUGAUCAAAAGAUGGAAAGGUCUCUGCAGAUCUACCUAGACUGUGACAUUUUCUACUAAAAUCAAGUGAAAUUCAGUCAAGCAGAAUAAAAAAAUCUGCUCUGGAUCAGUCACCCAGUACCUUAAAAUUAAAAUGGGAAAUUCACACUUUUGUAUGUCUUUAAAGAUGUGCUGUCCAUGUGAGUGUGUGUGUGUGUGUGUGUGUGUUUGCGUCUUUCUUUGUGUAUGUGAUGUACAGGAGGUUUUUCUAGAAAACUUGAUUGAUGCACAUUUGUGUUAAAGGCUGUAUAAACCAUUCUGUCACUCACAAACAAACUCAACCUUUUACAUGUUUUUUUGCUUUGAGGCUUGGCAGACACUUGACUUUGUAAGCAGCUAGAAAUACAAACUAGUCACACUACCCUUCAUACUUAGUGACUCAGUAGCAAGUGAAAGUACACAGAGACUCAAGGAUUAUAAUCAAUCAAACUCCAAAAACACUGAUUUCACCUCACUUUCACAUUUUGAAAUAUGCCAAAAUGAAUGAGAACAUUACAUUACAGUUAAGUUAAAUUAAGUCAUCUCU